GUAACCACAGCCGAAUCAACGGUCCCAUCCAUAGUCACGCCAUCACAUGUCGGCUGACCCACACAUCACUGACUGUUAAUUCGCUCCUUUCCGCGUUGUAUGUAAAACUCUUUUUGACGCUUGUGACAAGGAUACACAGGUACGCCAGGCCACAGUCAUCAUAUAUGGGCGAAAAAUACUCUCGACCAGCACCACAGAGGCACACUGAAUGACUGUACACACGCAAAUCAGUGUCGCAUUAGGUCCAUCGGGCCCCCCCGAGCCCCCACUGCUGCACGCCACACCUCUCUGCACACCAACAUGCACUGCACAGACCCCGGUGAAGGCGUACUCACGAUACAGCUGCAUUGGCCAGAGGGAGAAAACCGCACCGAAAAGAGCGGGCCUACCACUGGUGGUGAUACAGAUGCCGACUCGGAUCGAGCAGGAGGCACAAUCACGCCACGAAGGAUUGCGAUAAGGCCGGCCGUCUGUCUGUCUUGUCAUCGUCUGGCCGGCAGCACAGGCGGUGGGUUGUCGUGCUCCAGACGCUCGAUGCCAAGCAGCUUGAGUGCCCACUUUUCAUAGUAGGGGUCCGUGUCGCCCGUGUAGACCUUAAACAGGAAGUACUGCACGGCACGGCGGUGGGACACGCAAAGGAAAAAGAUGAGGGCACGGCACCGACAUAGAUAGACACUACAUUGUGUCUGUGUGCCUGUGUGUACCUUCUCGAAGGCGAUCUUGGCGAGUUGCGCCCACUUGCCCCGGCUGUGCCACGCCACGUUCCUUGGUGGAAGCUGGGGAAGAGCCAGGAAGACAGCCCCUUCGUCGCCGAAGUCAGUGAUACACAACGCAUUGAGCGACGGGAUCUCCUUGGCCUCCUCGCCGCACAUCAGAGAACCUAUGUUGUGUGCCGUUGCCGUACCCAUCGUCUCUAUCAUGUAACUGACAGGCAGAGGAAGCAACACAUGGAAUGAAUGAAUGAAUGAACGCGCUUUGGGUCUUUCCUUUCUCACCCACCCGGUCUUGGGUGCUCCCGUGGCGACCGGCGUGGUCUCGACGGGCGGGAUGGCGGUAGCCACACCAACGACGAAGACAUUCUUGAAUGCGGGGUUCUGCUGCAUGGCGUUGCACAGCACGCACCCCUUGGCGUUGGUCAGCCCCAACUCGGCAAGCUUGGGGUUUUUGAGGAACCCCACGCCCUCAAAGGGAGGAAUGAAAACGCCAUAAUCGAAGGGGAGAUCGUGCUUCAUGGGCGGGUCGGAGGACGCCUGGCGCUCGGGCAGCUGCGUGAGAUGGACUGUGUCGGGUGAAACCUCAUCGAUGUGGGCGUUGGUAAUCCACUUGAUGUCGCGCUCCCGGAACAGACUCUCAAUCAGACCUGAUGGAUGACACAAACAACGAAACAACGAUCUCUGUGCCCUCAGCUGGUCCCGGGCGUCUUACAUGCGUACGUACCUUUGCUGUCGCCAACACCUCCCAAUCCCAGGUGGCCCACAUAUGGUUCAGAGCUCACUGACACGCACGGAAGCGCACCAACGCGAGCAUCGGAUGGAAGGGAUGUGCACAUCAUGGUGGUGCCUACCGUAAGUAAUAGGGACGUAUUUUCUCAGCUUCUUUUUUCGCAGCUCGUUGUCCAUUAUCAUUGCGUGCUCGUAUGCCGGCCCAAAGCACGACGCCCCCGGCGCUGCGCCAACCACUAUAGCGCCCUUCUUCUCCCGGGCCACUUUGUCACAAAAGGCAUCCCACUUCUCAGCGGCCUUUUCAGCGUGCUCGCCGUUGCAGAUCGACUCCGUGUAGAAGGCCGGUCCGAGACCUUUCACCUGGUCAAAGGCCAAGCGAGGGCCUGUUGCAACCACCUGACACCAAGGCAGCGAAUGCGAAAGCGUUUGAAGGCUGCCUGCACUGCCUUUGAGAGCGUGUGUGUGGCAGAGCCACGGCCGUAGCGAUGCACCAGGUAGUCGUAGUCAAUCUGCUGCAGGUCCUCGGGUGCCCCCUCGCCCAUGUCCCUGACGUAGAGGCGGUUGUCGGACGGCUCGAGCCGCUCAACGCUCGCGUGGCGGAAGUUGAUGCCCUUCCUGUUCAACACACUGCCCAAGUCGAGCCUGAUCUCAUCUUUGGUCCUCGUACGCACCGCUACCCUGGCACACAGGCAUAUCGAUUGGCGGCAGCGAAACCAUGAGUGUGUGGGUCACGUCACUUGGUGUGCUUACCAUGGGCACGAGGGCGUGAAUUCAAAGUACGGGCGGCUUGACAGGAGCGUGAGGGACACAGGGCGGCCAUUGAGGGCCGCCUGGCGUUCCUUGACCACACCCAUUAUGUCGAAUGCAGUGGACACGCCACCAAUCCCCCCACCCACGACGACUAUUUUGAUGGGCUCCAUGCCGCCAGCAACGUCGACAGGAGCAUCAGGCGUCGCCACUGACGUCGACGCGCUGCUCGACAGGCGAUGACGGACAGAGGGCCUCGGCACAAUAGACGACUGCACACACACAACAGGGAGAGCGUGAAGGUUGCAAAUGCAAGCAUGCACGCACGCGUGACCCUCGCAGCACCCACCAGCAGCAAACCCAGCCUCACCUUAGCUGCGGGUGGUUCGCCCUGCGCACCACCGUCUCUGCCACGGAAUCUCCAGGGCUGGUGAUGCGAUGAGAAGGAUGGAUGAGCAGUGAAAGCUGCCGUCGAGUGCCACAGUGUCAUCACUGCCAAGCAGAAUAGCACCAUGCCGCCAGCAGAGUGGCGGGGCCGGUCAGUCUUGCGCUUUCUCGCCAUCAGCAGGCUCUCUGGGAAGCCGAAUGGAGUAAGCUGCUGGUCCAGAGAAGCCUGUUGGACUUGUUGGACCCGGG